GAUCUGGAUCGAACAUUGCCCCCUGGAUCUCACGUUCUGCAGUGAGGAGCUACUUAAUAUUUUCGACAAUAUUUCCAUUGCUUUUCAGUUUUGGGUUUUGUCAACUUUUACAGAAAACAAAAAAACGGCUGGGAUCAUGCUUCUCAAAAGAUGAUAUGCCACGCGUUGAACACCAGAUGUCAGCAAAGAAACGACGAGUAUUGAUACUUGGGUUCCUGAAAUGAAGCACGCAUAUUCUGGAUUGCCCAAAUGUUUGUCUCAUUUGCUUUAAAGUGCCUAUAACUGAACAAGUUCUAAUGGCAACCAUCUGCCCCACUUGGUUAACUGUACAUGGCAAUGGUACAUUCUCGACCAUACAGUGAAAUACAAGUGGAGGAUGUUGCAGACCGCUCCACCCCUCCCACCCAGCUUCGCGAGAGACCCAGCGUUCGUCCGCUGCAUCUGAGUGAAGAGAGAUCGUUUACAAUAAGAGAAGAUGGGUGUUCUUUGAACACACCCAGCUCUAAGACGGGACACACCUGAUGAGAGGUCAUAUCAGAGGGAACACGAGGAUUUAAUUCGCCACGACACGUUUCAGCAGUGAACACUGACAUUUCUGCGGGCUGUAUGUCUGGAAAUGCUGUGAUGAAGACUUGAGCUGGGAGGAAAACAGCCACGGACGAAUAUAUACAGUACAUGCCCUUGCUCACAGCGGUAACGUUACAGCUCGCCAUCGACUCAACUCAUAAAGAGACAUACAUUGCGUAGAGACAAACUGCGAUCUUAAUACGAUCCACAAAAGGUUUAAAAUUAUAACACGGGCGAAAAAGAUCGUGCUGCGAUUGUAUGUUGAAGCGGACUGUCAGAGUUUCUGGAGGUUUACAGGACUGCUCUUGUCUAAUCUGCGGUCAUGCUGCAGGCAUCAUCUGAUCUAUUUCCAACCUGAGGGGAACGAGGAUUUUUGACAGAAUGGAUAUAAAUCGUUGUACCGUUAAUGGAGCGCUCACCUCAUUGUGCUGAGAUACGUUUAGUUCGUGGCACAUUUUCCACAAUAGAUGUAAUAUUUUGUUAUAAUUUUAUUAUAUAAUUGUAAAUUGAGAAUUAAUUUGCGCAUGCGGAACUGAUAAUUUCUAAAAGUAAACAACUGACGUAAUACGAGUCGACCCUUUAUUCGAGUGUUACGGUUUGAAAAUGUGAUGUCCGGUAAAAGAAAACACUACAUCGCUAUACUAUGCCAGGUCUGGAGGCCCUUUUCCACAAUCAGACUCUAUAACCAAAUAUGGGAGCGAAGCAGACGAAGGCCGCGGGACAGGAGGCUGGAGCUAGUCCUCAGAGCGCGGGAUGGAGACGGACCCCGUCGAAAGAUCGCAGUGACAUCCUCGCCUCUUUAAUGUUGAGGUCAAGGAAUACGCUGAGAAACAGUGGGACUCCCCCUCCGUACCAGCGACGCAUCGGGAUGAUACAGGAGAUGAUGCUGAUGGCACAGCAGGGGAAGCACGAUGAAGCGACGGAGAUGCUGAAGAACCUGCGGCAGGAUCUGGGAAUGGAGUCGACCUCUCUGGAUGAUGUUCUUUACCGCUAUGCCAGUUUCCGCAACCUGGUGGAUCCCAUUACCCAUGACCUCAUCAUUAGCCUGGCCAAAUAUGUUCACUGCCCAAAGACGGAGGGCGAUGCUUUGGGUUCUAUGGAGAAGGUGUGCCGUCAGCUGAUGUACCACCUGAGCCCGCACUCCCAGGGGCUGCUGAAGAGGAAGCCACAGGCCUGUCUGAAAUCUGCCCUGUCCGGCACUCCAUCCAGGGGGACAUUAGACCUCUCCAGCAUCCCUCUUACUGUAAAAGACAUGGAGCGUCUUUGUGCCUACCUGCAUCAACACUCGUCUCGCAUCACAAGCCUUGAGCUGGGCUUCACCGAGCUCACGGAUGAGGCUUUUCUCCUGCUCCUCCCCACACUGGCGUUUCUUCCUCGUCUAGAGACUCUCACCCUAAAUGGCAACAGGCUGACACGUGCGGUGCUUAAAGAACUCACUGACACUCUAAAGGACCCUAACAGCUUCCCCAGCAUCACCUGGAUCGACCUGGGGAAUAACGUGGAUAUCUUCUCUCUCCCACAGCCCUUUCUGGUUAGCCUGCGCAAGAGAUGUCCCAAACAGGGCAAUCUCCCCACCAUCCAGGAGUUUGGUGAGAGCCAGGCCAGCGAGCCUGAGUGCAGAGUAGACGAGGACGACGCGGAUGAUACCAAUAGGACAGAGAGCCUUGGAGAGCUCAGGUCUGAGGUAGAGGAAGAGAUUGAUGGUGAGAUGGAGAUCGAUAACAUGAUGGAGGAGUUGCUAGGCUUUGAGAGGGAGGUACAGGGAAAGGAGGAUGAGGAUGACAGUAUGUGGACCUUAGAGGAGCAGCGGCUGGUGAAAGAUCCAACUGUUGAGCGGAGAAAGGAGAUGGUGGCAUGUAAGGCAGAGGGCGAAGAGGACUUGGGUAGUCAGUCUUCCCAUCUGUCUUGCUCCAGCCAAUCACAGCACUCAUCUGGAGCCAUUGAGCCUUUGAGAGAAGAUUCUGUCCCGGACCAGUUAGCUUGUCAUUCGGAUAACCCUACCUGAUCAAAGUUGAAUAAAGCUUGUAACCUUUAUCCCUUUAAGGAAAAUAGAGAAUAUUUCUCUAGAAGCUAAAAAAAUCCAGUCAUUGUUUUGAUUGUUCUCAGGUGGGUGCCCAGACUAGAAAGAGGGUUGUCAAUGUGCACAUGGAACUUAACAGGUUUUGUGGGGUGUACAAUCACAGCUGUGAUUUAAGGGUCAUAGAAUAUGAUGUCAAGGUGAGGUUACUAUUUUUAAUGUUGCAAAAGGAGAAAAUGAAUAUACAUAGUAUAUAUUAUAAUAUACCUUAUACAACUCAAUUUCAUACCCAUAAAUCUCUGCCUGUGUGCCUGUUUAACACUCUGCUGGAGAGGCACGUGUGAGUAUUUAGGGGUUGGCCAAUAUGUGCGUGGGUGUAAAGAGAUGAAUAUAAAGAAAAGAAUGUUUUAAAGAAUCCACUGUUUUGGACACCUCCAGAUCUUGCAUGAAUCUGUGUGUUCAUCUAUGCAUUUGACGGUUGCAAGCAUCACACUCUCUCCAGCAGUGGAAAAUUUGAUUUUCUUUCAGUACCGUCCAGUGAAUAUGCAUGUCCUAGGUGUCAGGUGGAUGGGACGUAGCUGGGCCCAUAUUAAGUGCCCCUAAUUUAUUUUACAAAGCUGUUUGCGGACACCAUUAAAGGCUGAUUGGGCUAGAACAGUCUUUGUUGUAAGAUCUGGGAAGAUGGAUAUUUUAAUCUCCUAUUUUGAGCUGCUCGCCCAACCGGAAGUCCAAGUGUCCCAGUUUAUACAGUAUAGUAAGCCAAAACCUAUUGUCAGUUCGUUUGUGUGAUAAAGCUCAGUGCUUUGAAAGACCCUUAAUCCAAAGAGAAAGGACUCCCUACACAGAACAAAGGGUUCUUUGGCUACACAAACAUAAAAUUAAUGUGCUGUUGUUGCUGCUUUUAAAGCCAAUGUGACGUUUUCCAGCUCUGUUUUUUUAGCAUAGUUCCUUAAACCACAGAAAUCAUAUUAAAGGGAUACUCAGAACCCAGAACUGUUUGUUUUCAUAAAUUCUUCAAAAUAUCUAUAAAAAUUGCUAUGGUAGUCAAUGGUGCUAUCAGUUUCUAACAUUCGUCCAAAUAUCUUCCGUUGUAUUCAAUCGAACAAAGAAAUUUAUAGCGGUUUGGAACGUUUGGGUGAGUAAUUCAUGACAGAAUUUUCAUUUUUGGGUGGAGUAUCCCUUUAAGGUUUUAUUUCUGUUUAUCUAUUGAUAUAUAGAGACAAAGUAUUUAAUUGUAUAAACAUCUAUUUAGUGCCUAAUUAUCUACUGAAAUUUGACUACAAUUUUACUCAAAUGUACAAAUAGUUAAAUGCCAGUAUUUCAUAUUAAUAACGUUGUUUUUUAAGUGACAGUGUAUAUUGAAAAAAAAUAUUUGCCAAAAUUGAUAUUUUAAAACAAUAAAAACACUUUUUAUUUCAGUUUUUUAAAUCCUGAUUGAGAAAUAUUAUUUAAAUGUAUUAUAUUAUGCUAAACCUUGUAUUUAAUCUUGUUUUUCUGAAUGUAAAUUCAGUUCCUUCCCUAAAGUUAAAUUGCCAUGACAUAACAUGGCAUUUUUGUUUUUAUAGCAAGUUGUAUGUUUUAUGGUCACCAGGUAGCCUCAAAGUAUCUGUUUCUAAGCCAUAUUUUGGCUAAUUCUGCCAUUACAAAAAGGGAAUUAAAAAGCUGUGAUCAGA